CUCGUGUAGAAAAUAAAAUAAAAUAAAGUAGUAUAAUAAAAACCAAAUUAAGCUCAAAGAGAAAGAGAUACAGAGAGAGGUGAAUAGAGAGAAUUGAUCAUCAGCAGCAAUGGAAUUGGAAGGUGUUGAAGUUGAACGACCACUUAAACUACACUUCAUUCCAUUUCUAGCACCUGGUCAUAUGAUCCCUCUAUGUGACAUUGCAACUUUGUUUGCAUGCCGUGCCCAACAAGUCACCAUCAUCACAACUCCCUCCAACGCCAAAUUCCUUAACAAAUCCCUCUCCUCCGCCAAUCCCUUAUUCCUCCGCAUUCACACCGUUGAUUUCCCCUCCCAACAAGUCGGCCUCCCCAAUGGCAUCGAAUCCAUGUCCAACACUCCCGACCUUGACUCCUCCCAUAAACUCUACAGAGGCGCGAUGCUCCUCCACGAACAAAUUCAGGAUUUCAUGGAGGCGGAUCCACCUGACUGCAUCAUCGCCGAUUUCAUGUACACUUGGGUUAAUGACUUAGCCACUAAGCUUCAUGUCCCGAAGCUUGCCUUCAAUGGAUUUUCCCUCUUUACUGUCUCCCUCAUGGAAACCUUUAGAACAAACCCAUCACUUCAUUCUCUCACGGAUUCAGGUUCAUUUGUUGUUCCAAAUUUUCCUUACCAUAUCACAUUGUGCUCAAGACCGCCAAAGUCAUACACUGGAUUCAUGGAACCGCUGUUGGAGAAAGAGGUAAAAAGCAAUGGACUCAUUGUUAACAAUUUUGCUGAACUUGACGGUGAAGAAUGCAUUGAACACUACGAGAAAAAGACGGGUCAUAAGGCUUGGCAUCUUGGUCCAGCUUCUCUCAUUCGCAAAACUGUUCAAGAGAAAGCAGAGAGGGGACAAGAGAGUGCGGUGAGCGUGCAUGAGUGUCUGAGUUGGCUCAACUCGAAGAGAGAUAACACAGUGUUAUACAUAUGCUUCGGAAGCAUCUGUCAUUACUCGGAGAAACAACUUUAUGAAAUCGCGUGUGCUAUAGAAGCAUCGGGUCACAAAUUCAUAUGGGUUGUUCCUGAGAAAAUAGGGAAAGAAGAUGAAAGUGAUGAGGAGAAGGAAAAAUGGUUGCCAAAGGGAUUCGAAGAGAAAAACAUUGGGAAGCAGGGUUUGAUUAUUAGGGGUUGGGCCCCGCAGGUUUUGAUAUUGAGUCACCCGGCUGUGGGGGGAUUUAUGACGCAUUGCGGUUGGAACUCCACCGUGGAGGCUGUCGGUGCGGGGGUUCCAAUGAUAACGUGGCCGGUUCAUGGCGAACAAUUCUACAACGAGAAGCUGAUAACAGAAGUGCGAGGGAUUGGUGUGGAAGUCGGUGCAACAGAAUGGUGUUUGUCUAGUUUUGCGGAGAGAGAGACGUUGGUGACGAGAGAUAGCAUAGAGAAGGCUGUGAGGAGAUUGAUGGAUGGUGGUGAUGAAGCUGAGAAAAUCAGACGCCGGGCUCAUGAGUUUAGGGAAAAGGCAAGAGGAGCCGUUCAAGAAGACGGCUCAUCUCAUAAGAAUUUGUCGGCCUUGAUUGACGAAUUGAAAAGAUUGAGAGACCGCAAGCCAUUUGAGUAGUACCAGUAAAAUUGUAGUAAUGAUUUCAGUAAGUUUUACUUGUUUUCGUUUAACUUUUAUGCUCAUUUACAUUUCUAAUCAAUAAAUUUUCAUUCCAAUUAUUUACUUUUCUACUUUUUUUUUCUUUGGCUUUUCCAAAAAAAAUAAAUUUACUUUUCUAAUUUGAAA